UUUUAUUUGUUAUCGCAAAAAAGUCUAUCGGGCCGGUUCCAUAAUAACUGCAACCCGCCGCACCCCAACAAAUAAAUUGGCUAAUAAUAUUUUUAAAACAUAAUAAAACAUCAACUUCAUCCAAAGCGAUCAACCGGCAACGAACAAUUAGUAGGCAAAAUGUCCAUGCAUGAUGAUGAAGAUAGUCAGCAAAACUAUGAAGUUUCAGAAUGGGUACGUUUUGGUAUGCGUUUGGGUGUAAGUGCCGCCUUGCACCCCUUCGAGUAUUCCAAGGUAUUGAUACAGUUGGGCUACGAACCAAUUCCAGCUGUGCCCGGUCGUUCUCUUAUGGGUAAAUCAAUAAUGGUAUUACCCAAUAUAUUUCAAUAUGCUGCUCACAUCCGCAAGAUUGAUGGUUUUUAUGGUAGCUAUCGUGGUUUGACACCCAAAUUGGUGGGCUCUAUUUGCAGCAUGAUUUUUAGUGAGAAAAUCGCCAACCGUUUGGGUCUACAUGCCAUGGAGGAUAAAAAAGAUGAGGAUUUGUUAACCGAUGACGAACUUUAUCAACAAUUCAAGGUGAACCUAAAGCGUGAUGUAGUUUUAAGUGUUUCGGGCAUUGUUAUAUCACAACCAUUUCAUGUGAUUUCGGUGCGCAUGAUGGCCCAAUUCAUUGGACGUGAAUCCUUAUAUAAAACCAUAAUGGGUUCUAUUGGUGAAAUCUAUAGGACUGAAGGUGUAAUGGGAUUCUUCUCUGGUCUGGUGCCCAAAAUAUUAUGUGAUGUUGCCUGUUUGGUGUUGACCAGUUCAACAGUAUUUUUGCUUAAUAAAUACGUUAUUAAAGACAAAGUUGGCCGACAAUACAGUGCCGGGUUUACACAGUUUGCUUUCGCCAGCAUUUUGUAUCCCUUGAAUGUGGUAUCGACCUGCAUGACUGUUACUGGCUCCCGCUUGAUGGCAGGACAGCCACCCAUUAUGCCUCAAUAUAAUAAUUGGGUCAGUUGUUUCAAUGAUUUGCAAGCCAGGAAUGAACUUAAACGUGGCAGUUCCUUGUUUUGGAGAUCUGCUGGUGGUUAUGUUAAGCCCACUUUCUACAAAGGCGGUUAUGCCCCACUGCCAACUAUAGCCAAAUACCAAUAAGUUAUAUUUGCCUUGAUAAUGGACAUAAUUAAAUUGAGCUCAUCGUCGUACCACACACUCUCAAUUAUCUUUACCACCUCCUGCAUAUUGUUAUUAAAUAAUGGUUACCAUUUUACAUGUGUAUUCGUCUAACAACAACUAUUGUUAAUCCGCAACAUGUCACAGUCAACGUUUUGGAAAGCAUUAGUUUUUAAUUGUUACAUGCAGACAUAUUAAAUUUUUAUUUUUCUUUUCUUUUAAAGACUUGUUUAUUUAAGGAAGGGCAUUUGAAUAAUUAUGGCAUUUACUGUUAUGCAACCAUUCUAAAUUUGUUUGGUUAAUAAUGGUCUUGGUAUCAUAUUUAAAUGCAUUUUAAUGAUUUAUUUUAGUUUUUUUCUUUUUUUGUUUGUUUUUAUGUUGCAUUAAAAAUUUAUAUCUCUGUAAAUUUUCAAUAAA